AUGCCGGCCUCUGAUGAUUCUUCUCGCCAGCCGGCGCAGGAUGUUGGCGGAAAGAGGGUUCUACCCCUCAUGACCCGCGAUGAAAUUGAGGCCAUGAUUGCUAGCGGACGACACAUCAUUAUUCACGGCGGAUAUGUCUUGCGGCUUGAUGGCUGGCUCCAAUAUCACCCGGGAGGCCCCAAGGCCAUCAUGCAUAUGGUGGGCAGAGAUGCCACGGACUGGGUUGAAGUCAUACACUCACAGGACGCAAAGGAAAGAAUGGCCAAGUACCGCAUUGGCAGAAUUGAGGGCUCUUGGCUAAACUUCCGGCCGCCUAUCCAGGGCGGUAUCUUUCGAACAAUGGAAGAAAUUGAAUCGGAUCGUAGCAAAGGCGUCCAUGACAUAUCAACAGGAGAGGAUAUCAGCCCGGCAAGCUCCCGGGCACCCUCACCUGUGUUUGACAUUGACUCGGGGUCGCUGCGUGAUCGAAAGAAUGCUUCGGGACACGAAGCAGCGAGGUCGGGGUCCUUCUCGUCCGAGUCAACUACGGACAAGGCGCCGCUGGAUGGCAUGUCUUAUUUAGACGUAAUCACCCGCGAGUACAUCUCGCUUGACCUGGAAAAAUAUCCCGCUGUUGACGAGGCCACGCAAGCUCACAUCGUUGCCAAAUACCGCGAGCUGCAUCAGAAAAUUAUCGAUGCCGGCCUCUACAAGACAAACUAUUCGGCAUACGCCUGGGAAUGCCUUCGUUAUUUUUCCCUGUUUGCUUCGAUGCUGAUUGCUCUUUCCUAUGGUUACUAUAUCAUCAGUGCCCUAUCCCUUGGUUUCUUGUGGCAUCAGCUCGUCUUCACAGCUCACGAUGCUGGCCACAUGGGCAUUACGCACAACUAUUACAUUGAUACGACCAUUGGCAUCUUCAUCGCCGAUUUCGUCGGUGGCCUCUCCCUAGGUUGGUGGAAGCACAACCACAACGUUCACCACAUCGUGACAAAUGCUCCUGAGCACGAUCCCGACAUCGAACAUAUGCCCCUCUUUGCCGUUUCUCACCGCUUACUGGGAUCCCUGAGGUCUACCUUUUACGAACGAGUUAUGACGUAUGAUGCUGCUGCAAAAAUCCUCUUGCGCAUUCAGCCGUGGACCUACUAUCCCUUCUUGGCUCUUGGUCGUUUCAACCUCUACGUCCUGUCUUGGGAUUAUAUCAUUAACGGAAGGGGGCCUCGCAAGGGCCAGGCUGCAUACCAGCGCUGGCUCGAGCUAACAGGUCAGGUGUUUUUCUGGAUCUGGUUCGGCUAUGGAAUUCUGUACAAGUCGAUACCUGAUGGCUGGUCGCGCUUUGUCUUUUUGAUGGUGAGCCACGUUGCAGCCUCUCCUCUGCAUGUGCAGAUUGUGCUGUCACACUUUGCCAUGAGCACCGCCGACCUGGGCCCUCAGGAGUCUUUCCCGCAGAUGAUGCUGAGAACGACGAUGGACGUUGAUUGUCCUCGCUGGCUCGACUUUGUUCACGGAGGCCUGCAGUUUCAAGCCAUCCAUCACUUAUUCCCCCGUUUGCCGCGGCACAACUUCCGCGACGCGCAGAAGCUUGUCAUUGAGUUUUGCAAAGAAGUCGACAUCCCCUACGCGUACUAUGGGUUCACAACGGCCAAUGGGCAGGUCAUUGGCAGGCUUGCAGAAGUUGCCAGACAAGCCGCCAUUUUUUCAAAGUGCCAGGAAACUAUUACCAAGACGAAAGAUUUUGCCAUAUGA